UCGUGCCCCCCCACAUCUCCAUCAAACACCACCGCCCAUCAUUCGCCAGCAAGGAUCAUGACAUCGAGUUUGGCUCUCCGGCCUAUUGGGUCCUGGCCUCGGUCUUACAGCACAUUCACGGUGGAUGGAGGUCAAGCGCUGCCAGGAAAGUCCGUAACCGGCGUUGAGAUGUGACGAUCGACUUCAGGAAUCUCCUCCGAGCUCAAAGGAGGAUCCGAGUAAAUCGUAGCAAGGAUGCCGUAUUACGCGAGUUCCCUAUACGCUACUUAGGAAGGUCCAAUGUCUUGGUGUUGACAACGGACCACGACAGUCGUGCAAAAGCUGCCUCUUCACCGUUCCCUUCGAAACCAUCUUUCGCGGCAUUUUGCACUCUCGACACUACCGACCAGAUGAAAUUGGAGUGAGAAGACUCGUAAAAGAAGACAAGACAUACGGAAGGACCUUCGAUUGACGAAGGUGGAUCCAAGAUGGCCGCAGAGAUGUCGGAAAAAGACUCCCGUGUUGCAGCUCCUGGCGUGGUCACGUCUGACAACCAAGUAUCGGAAAAAGGAGCACUGCCAGAACCAGAACCCAAAAAAUCAUCGGUUAGUGAUACCGCAUCCCAUACCCAUAUCCUCCUGCAUAUCAAGAUUUCCGCUCGGUAGUGUCACGGGAUUCUGAACUGAACAAUCUACAAACAGCCUUUCAUCUUCGUCCGACUGCUCUUCUAUGGCGCAACAUGGAUCGAUGUGGCGCUACUCAUCGUUGGUACCAUCUCUGCCAUUGGUGCCGGUAUCCCUUUUCCUCUGAUGGCCAUUCUGUUCGGUCAAUUGGUAAAUGACUUGAACUCGGCCACCUGUGAAGCCAGUACGGUGGGCAGGUCUUCUGAAUAUGCAGCGGGCAUUAACGAAAAGGUUCUCCUCUUGGUCUACAUAUCCAUCGGAGCAUUUGGAUUGACAUUCCUCUACAUUGUUUCUUGGAAUAUCAGAAGUCAACGUCUUGCCCAACGUCUACGAGAAAACUACUUUCAAAGUCUCCUUCGUCUGGAGCAGUCCUUCUUUGACAAACGCCAUGCUGGAGAAGUAUCCUCACGUCUCAAUGCCGAUAUCCAGGCCGUGCAAUCCGGAACUUGCGAGAAGGUUGGUAUCUUUAUUGCCAGCAUAUCCUUCUUCGCCACGGCGUAUGUCGUUGCUUUCAUCAAGCAAUCAACGCUUGCUGGAAUACUCAUCUCCCUCGUUCCUGCAUUCUUGCUGGUUUCCUAUUUUGGGGGGAAGCUCUUCCAGAGGUUUUCAGCUCGCAUGUCGGAUGCUAUGGCUGCAGCUUCUUCCAUCGCUUCAGAGGCUCUAUCUCACAUUGCGGUCGUGGAGGCUUUUGGCGCUGGCCCACGGCUGGAAAAGAAGUUUGCUAGUGAUAUGACCAUUGCCCGCGAACAGGGAAUCAAAAGAGGAGUGGUCGCUGCAUCUCAGGCUGGAAUGCUUUAUUUCAUUGCGUACUCUGCAAAUGCUUUGGCAUUUUGGCAGGGCAGUACCAUGAUUGCGAAAUUGGUUUCUGGAGGUGAAGGUGGCGAGACUGUAGGGUCGAUUUAUACUGUUGUUUUCAUUUUAGUUGAUGGUAGGUUGAUGGAGAUGCCGGACUCUCGACUCAAACUUGAUAAGCUAAUUUUGUGAUAGCUUGUGUUGUUCUUGGUGCUAUCGCGCCACUCUUACCAUUAUUUGGUGGAGCAGCUAGUGCCUUUCAGAAGCUGAGGAAAGAUAUGGACCACAUCUCACUAAUUGACGGUACCUCGUAUGCUGGAAUAAGCCUUGGACCUGAUAGCCCUGGUACGAUCGAAUUCAGAAACGUCACGUUUGCAUACCCUUCGCGACCAGGCGAACCAGUCCUCAAAAAUCUCAACUUGAGUAUCCCAGCUGGGAAGCAUACAGCAAUCGUUGGGCAAUCUGGUAGUGGAAAAUCGACGAUUGCCGGCUUGAUGGCUCGCCUUCAUGACCCAACCGAAGGAACGGUGACCUUCGACAACCAGGACUUGCGCGACCUUAAAGUCAGAGACUUACGAGGAUUUAUGAGCUUAGUAUCUCAGGAACCGUCCCUUCUCGAUCGUUCGAUUUUGGAAAACAUUGCUCUUGGCUUGGUUAAUUCCCCAAUGCCUUCACAUCAACACCUCAAAGAUGUACUUCUGGGAGCCAAAAUUUCGGAAGUCGCCUCCAGUAUUACUGAAAUUACGAUAAACCAAAAAGAACAUCAAUUCGGUCAGCAAGUCACAGACAUCUUGGAAUUAGUGCGCAAUGCGGCCGAUCUUGCCGACGCCGCUACCUUUAUCAAUAAACUCGAACGUGGCUAUGGAACAAUGGUCGGUACCGGUGGGAAGAUGGUGUCAGGUGGCCAACGGCAGCGAAUCGCAUUGGCUCGUGCCUUGGUUCGCGAUCCUAAAAUCUUGAUUCUAGAUGAAGCAACUGCUUCUCUGGACUCGUCAAGCGAGCAAAGAAUCCAAAAAGCAAUUGACCAGGUUGCCCAAAACAGGACAGUGGUGUCCAUUGCCCACCGCUUAUCGACAAUCAAACACGCUGACAAUAUUGUUGUCUUUAAAGCUGGCGAGAUUGUGGAGCAGGGUACGUACUCUGAGCUUAUGGCCUUGGAAGGUCUUUUUGCUGGUAUGGUUGCUCUCCAAUCGAUCAGCUCAUCCGAACAAGGUGCUGUCAUUUCAGCAUCUAGCACCAUCAAAGGUUCCCUAGAUAUGCCAAUUGAGAAACGCAAAAUUGUCGAUGAAAAGCCCUUGCCAUUAGGAUCAUCCAGUUCGAUCGAGGCAACCAAGGAGAAAAUAGAGAGCACCGAGCCAGAGGAUUCAGGUUUAGAUGGCGAACAAUCUACCAGUGUUGUGUUGAAAGGUAUGGUAUGGUUGAUUCGACCUACACUUCCAUUCCUGGUACUUGCAAUGUUUGCUGCAGUUAUCGUUGGAUGCACAUACACAGCUUCAGGUCUUAUCUUUGGAAACACACUUGGUGCCCUCAGUACAUGUGACAAUACUGCAGAUCAAAUCCGAUCCAAUGGUCGCUAUUUUGGUGGAUUAUUCUUCAUGCUUGCUUGUGUUGAAUUUCUCGCAAACCUCAUAAGUUGGUCCUCUUUUGGGCUUGUCGCCGAGAAAUUAUUAUACAGAGUGAGAGUAUUGUCGUUCAGGUCUCUAUUUGAACAGAGUGUUGAAUGGCAUCAGUCGAGCGAUAGAAGUCCAUCGAUGCUCUUAUCCGUUAUUACCAAGGAUACCGCGGCUCUUGGUGGGUUUACCGGUUCCGUCGCGGGCACGAUCUUUGCAGUUUUUGUCAACUUCCUGGUUGCCAUCAUUACCUCUCAUAUCAUUGCUUGGAAAAUUGCCAUUGUCUGUCUCACAAUGGUUCCCUUCUUACUCGGCGCUGGAAUCAUGCAGUUGCGUACUCUGUCACGAUAUGAAGAGCGCAACGCAGCAUCAUACGCGAAAUCAAUUGGAAUUUCUGUCGAAGCUAUUAACUCUAUCAAAACCAUUGCAACGUUGUCUAUUGAAGACGAGGUUAUGGGUACAUAUACUCGAGUUUUGAAAUCCUCGCGAGAUGAAAUGGUUGCUGCCAGUGUUUACACCAACAUCUGGUUCGCAAUCUCAACGAGCACUGGAUACUUCGUCUAUGCCUUCGCUUACUGGUGGGGUUCACAACUUAUCAUGAGAGGAGAGUACACGCAAGAACAGUUCUUCAUCGUCCUUGUCUCUAUGCUUGUCAGUGCCCAACUCUGGGGACAAAUGUUUUCUCUCGCACCAGAAGUAUCACGCUCCCGAUCCUCCGCAUCCCGAAUCCUCAGUCUUAUCAAGGCCGGCUCAAGCGACCAGAACUCCUCGGCCCCUCUCGAAGUCGAAUCCUCAUCCAAGAACGCCACGGAUUCGGAUAUCGAAGCAACUGCCGAAGCAAUCCCUCAUCCCAUCUCAGGAAAUAACCGCGGAGUCAGUGUUUCUUUUAACAACGUCUCAUUUUCCUACCCCAACCGUCCUGGAAUUCAAGUCCUCCAAGACAUAAAUUUCACCAUCCAGCCCGGGCAAUUCAUCGGACUUGUCGGACCUUCUGGUGCCGGAAAAUCCACUAUGAUCGGUCUUGUUCAACGAAUGUACACUCCCACCCAAGGAAGCGUAACAAUCGACGGCGUAAACGUCCUCACCAAAUCCUUCCGCGACGACAUCGCCGUCGUCCCACAAGACAACGCUCUCUUCAACGCAAGCAUAAAAUUCAACGUCGGUCUCGGCGCACGACCCGGUACCGAAGCAACCGAUGCCGAAAUCGAAGAGGCAUGUAAAUUAGCCAACAUCCACGAUACCAUCAUGUCCCUCCCCAAGGGCUACGAAACCGAGUGCGGACCCAAUGGGUCGCAGCUUUCUGGUGGUCAGAGGCAACGUCUUACCAUCGCCCGAGCACUGGUGCGAAAACCAAGACUGUUGUUGCUGGAUGAGAGUACUAGUGCCUUGGACGCGGAGAGUGAGACGGCCCUGCAGGAGGGACUGGAGAGGGCGGUCAAGGAGAUGGGUGUUACUGUUAUUGCGAUUACGCAUCGUCUGCAUACGGUUCUCAAGGCGGAUGUGAUUUUUGUGGUUGAAGGGGGACAAGUGGUGGAUAAGGGACGCCAUCAGGAGCUUUUGGGGAGGAGUGAGAGUUAUAGGGAUAAUGCGAUGUCGCAGAUGCUUGGGUAGAUGGGUUUUUGGCAUGCGGUGAGGUGGGAUGGAGUGAAUAUUUAAUGCUUUAUAGAAUGGUUUUUUUUCUUUCUUAAAAGGCGUAAUGUUAUGGUCUAAUUUGAAAGGGUUUCAAAAGAAUUGGAAUUAACAGAUUGGUUGUGCUAUGAGUGUAGUAUAUAAACACAUCUUUUCAACUAAUUUUUGUAGCAA